AUGGGGAAAAAGGGAGAAAAUAAGGAGGUGGUGGAAAUGGAGGUUGUGACUAGCGAGGACAAGGAGGUAAAUUUGAUGAACGAGAGGCCUAAAAUCGGAGGGGGGAUGAGUGAAGUAUUGGAGGAGUUGGAAAACGAGGUGAUUGGGCCAAUUUAUCACCCACAUGUGCCACGAAGCCUUGGAGUGGAACCGAUGUCAAGGAUCUUGUUGCACGGGCCACCUGGGUGUGGGAAAACCAAGCUAUCCAAUGCCAUUGCCAAUGAGGCUGGUUUUCCCUUUUAUAAGAUAUGUGCCACUGAAUUGGUGUCUGGAGUUUCAGGCGCAUCAGAAGAAAAUAUCAGAGAUCUAUUUACUAAGGCCCACAGGACAGCCACAUCCAUUGUGUUCAUAGAUGAGACUGAUGCGAUAGCUACUAAACGGGAAAUUUCGAAUAGGGUGAUGGAGCAACGAAUUGUGACACAAUUGAUGUCAUGCAUAGAUGAGUCAUCGAGAAUUGUGAAACCCAUAUCCAGAAGUGGGACUGCAGAGAGUUCGGAUUGUAGGCCUGGGUAUGUACUCAUUAUUGGAGCAACAAAUAGGCCUGAUGCUAUUGAUCCUGCAUUGAGGAGGCCUGGACGGUUUGACCGUGAGAUUUAUAUAGGUGUUCCGGACGAAAGUGCAAGGGUUGAUAUUUUGUCCAUCCUCACUCGCAAUCUUAAAGUUGAAGGUGCUUUUGAUCUUCUGAAGAUAGCUAAGUCCACUCCAGGGUUUGUUGGAGCUGACUUGGUAGCACUUACUAAAAAGGCUGCCAAUCUAGCCAUGAAUCGGAUAAUAGGCCAACGAAAGGCUGAGGUUUGUACAAAACAUGUAAAAGGGCAGCCUAUUGAAAGAUGGUGGAAACAACCUUGGGCACCAGAAGAAAUAGAAAAACUGAGCAUCACAAUGGAUGAUUUUGAGGUAACGUGGAAAGCAAGCUUUAAAUGGAAGUGGAAAAUUGUGAAUCCAUAUUGA